AUGACCGUACAACCAGCAGAGUUCCUAGCAGGAAAGAGGAUCGCCGUCGCCGGUGGAGGAUUUGCCGGUCUCUCAUUUGUACUUGCCCUUGACCAACUAUGGCAAGGCUCAACCCUGGACCGUCCCGAAGUCCUCCUCUACGAGCAGUACAGCCGCCACGAGUCCCUUCAAAAGGACCCAUAUACACUAUGUGUCAACGGAGCUAGCCAAGAUGACGGACUGGUUGCGAUUCAACAAUUGGGAUUACUAGAUGCGGUUCGCGAACACUCAACCCUCAAUGAUGGCGACAUCCGGGUCUGGUCGGACAAUUGGAAAUGGCUGUCAUCGAUCAACCCGACAGCGUAUGGAAACCUCCCAGCAGCAACUGUGCGCAUCACCCGCCAGAACCUCAUGCGCAUUUUGGUGGAGAAGGCUGAGCAGACAAAGACCGUCUUGAGAUGGGGCUCAGCCUGUACAUCGGCCGAACGUCUAUCGAACGGCCAAAUUCGAGUGUCAAUCUCCGAAGAUAUUGGAAGCGCAAACAGUUCCACGCUGGACUGUGAUCUUCUCGUCGCGGCCGAUGGUGCCAACAGUCGCAUCCGAGCCUCUUUCCGACCCAACGAUAUGACAACUCAGUACGCCGGUGCAACUCAAAUCGGCGGCAUUUCAUAUCUUCCCGGGGGACUCCCCAAGCCCAUCGACCAGGACUUCGUCCUCCAGAUGUCCUCGGGCGAAGGAGUCUGUUGUCUCUACCACCCGUUCGACAACAAUACAAUUGCCUGGGAACUGAGCACAGUGGGACCUGAACGCGAGGCGAAAACCAACUUCAAUACCGAAGAACUGAACGCCCUAAAGCAGGAAGCCUUGAAAACCGCCUCAAUGUUCCAAGAUCCCUUCAAAACUGUCGUAGAGGCCACAAUCCCCAACACUGCAUUCAUCCGUCCCGCGAAGGAGAAGCCCGCGUUCCAACACGAUGCUCGUCUGCAUGGGGUUAUGUUCAUCGGGGACGCAAACCAUAUUCUCAGUGCCUUUGAACCGCUCGGUGCCAAUCUGGCACUGAAGGAUGGUUGGGAUUUGGCCGAACAGCUCUGUCGCAAUAUUUCCCUCGAUGCGGCAGCGGCCUCGUACGACAGGCUGAGUAUUCCGCGCUUUCAGCAUAACUUCAACUUUUCGCAUGAGCGGAUUGGUUUUGGACACUGCACGGGGAGUAAGUGGAUGUUUUACAAGUAUGGUAUGGCUGCACAGCGGGCGUUAAAGAAGGUUCAUUGA